UAAGGCGUCAUUUCCUCCGAACUCUUUACAAAGAUAGUGCCUAAAAGAGACUAGAUAGGCCGUGACUCACGAAUGAGAGAGAGCAUUCCUCUUAUUAGCUUUGAUCAAUACGCACUCAAAAAUGUGGCACACAUGCAGCUUAACUAUCGUUACUCUUUUGGGGUUACUUGUCAUCGUUCAACCCCAAGAGCUAGCCAAACCGUGCGAUGUAACACACUGUGAUCUGCCAGAUUGUCGAUGUUCCAACACAAUUCCACCUUUGGAGGAAAAGAAAAUUCCACAAAUCGUUCAUUUGACCUUCAAUGAGGCGGUUACCAGUACCUCAGAGCGCUUUUUCGAGCAACUCUUCACCGGAGAGUACAAGAACCCGAAUGGUUGUAACAUCAGAGGAACGCAUUAUGUUAGCCAUGAAUACUCAGAUUACUCCCUGGUUCACACUUACUGGUCGCGAGGUCAUGAAAUUGGGAGCAUAUCUAUUUCCCAUGAAAAUAACGUAACAUAUUGGCAACUUAUCAACGAAACAGGAUGGGCUCUCGAAAUGGACGGAAUGCGAGACAUCUUGAGCGGAAUGGCUAACGUUCCAAUCGAUGAAAUACAAGGGAUUCGAUCUCCAGACCUUCAGAAUGGCGGGAACGCUCAGUUCAAGAUGAUGAAGGACUACGGCUUUCUGUACGAUUCUUCGUUGCCCACUGAAGAAUUUGCUUUUGUAAACAUGGAUCGCGCCCUUUGGCCAUACACGUUCGACUAUUUGAGCAUCCAGGACUGCCAAAUUGAGCCGUGCUUGAAUCAAUCCUUCCCUGGAAUUUGGGAAUAUCCUAUCUUGAUGUUAGAAGACUCCAGAGAUACAUUUGGAAAUGGACAAGGCGAGCCUUGCUCGUUCUUUGGAGCUUGUCAAGGAUAUCCCGACCCUGAUCCAAAACACAUAUUUGUUAUGUUGAAGAAGAACUUUGACAGAGUUUACAAUGGUAAUCGAGCACCAUUUGGGCUUCACGCUCAAACAGCUUUCUUCGUGGAGCCUCAAACGUGGAUGUUCGACGGAUAUGUCAUGUUCGUUCAGUACUUGGCGGCCCUUGAGGAUGUUUACAUCGUGCCCGUGAUUGAUGGGUUAAAAUUCGUGCAAAACCCCGUGGCAUUAGAGGAAGCUGCCACAUAUGAACCAUUCGGUUGCGACAAUUUUCCCAAGCCAUUUGAUUGCUUGGCUAAGUCUUGCCGAUAUGCAGAGGACAGUCUUCCUCCUACUAUGCAAGGUAGUGGUGAGAAAUAUAUGACAACCUGUCAUGAGUGUCCAAAGAAAUACCCGUGGUUAGGAAAUCCUCAAGGGCUAGAGGAUGAGGAAUAUAUGAAUCCGAAUGACUUGUAUUAAGAUAAAAUACAUGUUUUAUACACAUUGA